AUGAAGAUUAGGGCAAACAAGAGUUUAGCCAUGAAGAACUGUCACGGCAAAAGGCGGCACCACCGCCGCAACUCCUCUGUCAAAAAGGCAGCCGCCGCCUCCAAGUUCAUGCUUUCCGGCAUUGGCACCGACAAAGGCAGCUUAGAGAUCCUAACCCAAACCCAAGCUCCAGACCAUGCCUGGCCCGAACCCGGACCUCCAACUACAAGCCCCUCACUCCCGCCGUUAACUUCACCGGAGAAGAGUACCGUGUUUCUCGAUCUAGACGAAACACUGGUGCACACUUCGGCCACUUUGCCCAAUCGCUUCGACUUCAUCGUCCGGCCCAUUAUUCGUGGCACCGAGAUGACCUUCUACGUGAUCAAACGUCCCGGAGUUGACCAGUUUCUGCAAAAGCUGGCGGAAAAGUACGAGGUUGUGGCGUUCACGGCGGGGAUGAGAGAGUACGCUUCGCUGGUGCUGGACCGAUUGGACAGCCAGGGCUUCAUAUCCCACCGCCUCUACCGUGACUCAUGCAAAGAGGUGUACGGGAAGUUCGUGAAGGACCUGUCCGGUUUGGGACGUGACUUGCGUCGAGUGGUGAUCGUGGACGAUAACCCUAACUCGUAUUUCCUCCAACCGGAUAAUGGGAUUCCGGUCCGGCCGUUCGUUUAUGACGACAUGGAGGACUGGGAGCUGGGGAGGUUGUUAAAGUUUUUUGAGGGCGAGGGGUCUGAGGACAUUAGGGAUGCUGUGAGAGAGUAUGUUAAUGACGAAGGAUGGAUUACCGUUGAUGAUGACGAUGACGACGAUGACGAUGAUAGCGGUGGUAGUGAUGAUGAUGAUGAGGAGGAGGAAGAGGAGAAGGAGUUGGAGAAGGGGAAUGGAUCCAGAAAGUUUACUAAUGUUCCGGUAUUAACAACGGUUAAUUCAUCAACACCAUGCUGCUUGAUUAGUCUGCAUGAAUAUUAUCCAACGGAAAAACCAGCAGCUAUGGAGUAUUGGAUCAAGAUAGUGAUCUUGAGUAUUGUGAUUUUGAUCAUUAUGAAUGUAAUCUUAUGCUUAGAACUUGCAUUCUGGAAACCAUAG